AUGGACGCCCUGAGGAUGCUGGAGCUAGUGAUACCCCAGCACGUGGUCCGCGGUCAGAACAUACGAUUAGAGUGUAACUUCAAUCUGGACGGAGAGACCCUGUACUCGGUGAAGUGGUACAAAGACGGGAACGAGUUCUACCGAUACGUGCCCCAGGACAGGCCGCCAGUGCUCGUCUUUCAGCUGCCUGGUGUCACGGCGAACAUUCACAAUUCCACCGAGAGGUCGGUCGUCCUCUAUUCCGUGAACCUAAUGAGCACCGGGCGAUACAGAUGCGAGGUGUCUGCCGAGGCUCCGUCGUUCCAGACGGUGUCCGAUCACUCGGACAUGCUGGUAGUCGCCCUGCCGGAAGACGGGCCCGUUAUCACCGGAAGGCCUGGGAGGCAUCGUUAUCAAGUCGGUGACGUGGUGCGGUUCAAUUGCACCUCGGCCAAGUCGAAACCGGCCGCUAUGCUCAGUUGGUUCAUCAACGGCGAACCUGUUGACACGCAAUACUUGAGGGGGCCCCACAUCACGGAGGUGGAUCGCGAGGGUCUGGAGACGGCGGUCCUCGGGCUGGAGUUUCGUCUGCGUACGAAGCACUUCAAGAGGGGGGACUUGAAGAUCAAAUGUCUGGCGACGAUAGCGACCGUGUAUUGGAAAUCGAACGAGCUCAGCAUAGAGGGUGAAAGGCCCCUGAAGAUGCCGGUGAUGGAGAGCCGUGAGACGAGGGCGCAGGGGCACACGCACGCGGAACAUAUCUUGGGAGGCAGUGGAAGUAGUAUGUUGGCACCCUAUCUCCUGACGAUGGGGAUCAGCUUGUUGGUUUUACAAUAAGCAGAGGGAGAUGCGGCAUGGCCUCAUCGUGCUCACCUUUAUUCAGGCCUCCGGGUAGAGCUGUGCGAAGAUCAGUGUGUACCGAAUCGAUCGUGUUAUUUCUAUUUUUUAUAAACAAAACAGUUAGUGGAGUUAGCAGGACCCGAAAGUAUAUAUAUAUAUAUAUAUAUAUACUUAUGAAGAUGUACACACGUUAGAGUGUUAGGCGGCGAGGUAUUGCGUGAGAAUACUCGGUC